GCUUGCUUUAUGUCUCCCCUAAUUUCCCCAGGAAAGAUUCUUCCAUCGUAUCUAUAGGAUCAUCCAGAUUCAGCCUCCCCAGAUUGUGUGAAAGCAGCAAUGUUCAGUGAAGAAGUCUUGAAGAAUGUUUUUCCAUUGCUUGAAGGUGAAGAUCUCGCAGCUUGUAUGGGUGUAUGCAAACAAUGGAGACAUAUAGCAAGCGACGAUUUUUACUGGAAAUGUCAAUGCGCCAAGAAAUGGCCUUCCGUUUGCAAACGAACCAAACCGCCCACAGGAACAUACUACAAGAUGUUUCAAACGUUUAGCAAACGGCGGCUAAACCGCACCCUCCCUCCUCCAAGGCUCUCCUUCGAGAAAUUGGAGUUCUUCGUAGACAUUUGGUCCGAAGACAAACCGGUUUUCUCUGGUUUAAUACCAGGUCUUGCGAUGGAAACAGGGGUUAAAGCUUUACCAUCAGGGAUCAGCAACGUUCUUAGGACUCACUUAGGGAAACCUGAUUACAAAAUGGUUGUUCCCGCUGAGCCAAGAUUCACUAUUCCGUUAAACCAGACGGUUAGUGUCUCUAUGCUUGUGGGAAGGAAUGAUUCAGACAAGGUUGCUCGAAUAACUAACCGGUCUGUCUUUGAGUAUAUCGACCGUUCGUCGUACCGGGCUCUUGCUUUUGAGUAUCUUGACUUAUCUCCUUAUUAUCCUUUUGUCUCUGGGAUAAGAGCGUGGGUCUCUUUACUUUUCAUGGAUGCUGAGGAUAUAAACGAUGGGGUUCUUGAUGUUUUUGGGAUUCAGUUGGAUUUCUGUGAUGUUGCUGAGACUAAGGAAGAGGUUUUGUGGCUUCUUGAUAUGCUUGAUUGGAAAUAAAAACAUGCUUCAAGACUCUGUCUCUAAUCACAUUAAAGCUCUUUAGGCACAAAUGUUCUUUCGUCCAGUGCUAAUCUUUAUACAACACACUAUUUUUUUUUUGUUUAACACUAGUUUGAUUUUGAUCUUUAUAAAUAAUAUACCGUCCUAUAUUUUCCGGGUUGAUGCGGUUCCGCUUCUUCGUCGAUCUAUGGUAUGGUGUUCUUCAGCCUUCUAUCGGAUCUGUUUCAUCCUUAAUGCAGUUGCUGUUGUGUGUUUGUGCUCGGUGUCUUCCUUCCGUCAAGGCUUGUGUACUUUGCUUUAGUGUUCUUCUCAGAAGUUGUUGGUGAUCCGGAUUAUACUUGUGGCUUCGCCAGAAUAUCCCCUUUUUUCUGGGACAAGGGUUAGCAAGAAAUCUGUGUUAUCCUUGUUCUUAGCUUCUGGUUGAAUUUUCUUCUGCUUGUUCUUUGCUUUGUGGGUCACCAAUUUGCUCUAGCAUUGCUCUGUUUGAAGGUCUUUGGCAUUUGGAUCGUUGGUUUUGGUUUGUUAUGUCCAAUGGUUUAUUAGGUCUCCCAUUUGUGGGCUUCAGUUUCAGGACACUUGGUGUCUGCGUCUUCCUGUUCAAGUGUUUCAUCCAUGUUGUACCAAGCUUUAGUAAUGGAAUUUCACAGAUGAAAAUAAAUAUUAGUAAUAAUUAUAAUCUAUU